AUGUCGGCGUCUCUCAGAGUGAUUCAACCCGCGGUCGGAGCUCUCCGUCCGGCCGGCUGCAGCUCUCUGCUGCGGGGGAGAGAGCCGAGGAGGGGUCCGGGGGUCGAGCGCUGGAUGUCGGACUCGCUCACAGGAGGAAACCUCAGACCACUAGAGGGCGUCAGAGUCCUGGACUUGACGAGGGUUCUGGCCGGUCCCUUCACCACCAUGAUCCUGGGAGACCUGGGAGCCGAGGUGAUCAAAGUGGAGAGACCAGGAGCCGGCGAUGACACUCGGGCCUGGGGUCCUCCCUUUGUGGGUUCAGAAAGUGCUUACUUCCUCAGUGUCAACCGGAACAAGAAGAGCAUCGCUGUGGACCUGAAGCAUCCCAGAGGAGCCGAGACCGUCCAGCAGCUGGCAGGAGUGUGUGACGUGCUGCUGGAGAACUACCUGCCGGGGAAGCUGCAGCAGAUGGGUUUGGGCUUCGAGCAGCUGAGCAGAGUGAACCCGCGGCUCAUCUACUGCUCCAUCUCGGGCUAUGGACAGACUGGCCCUCAGUCUCAGAGUCCAGGCUACGACUCCAUCGUCUCGGCCGCGUCGGGAAUGAUGCACAUCACUGGUCCAGAGGACGGUGAGCCGGUGCGCCCGGGCGUUGCCAUGACGGACUUGGCGACGGGUCUGUACGCACACGGAGCCGUCAUGGCGGCACUGCUGCAGCGACACAAGACAGGAAGAGGAACGCACAUCGACUGCAACCUGCUGUCCUCUCAGGUUUCCUGCAUCAGCCACAUCGCUGCAAACUAUCUGAAUGCCGGGAAAGAGGCGAGACGCUGGGGGACGGCCCACGGAAGCAUCGUACCGUACCAGGCCUUCAGAACCAAAGACGGGUACAUCGUCAUCGGGGCGGGAAACGAUAAGCAGUUUGUGAAAGCCUGCGAGGUUGUGGACCUUCUGGAGCUCACACAGGAACCAAAGUACAAAACCAACAAGUUGAGGGUGGAGAACCGCAAACAGCUGCUGCACACACUCUCACAAAGGCUCCUGCAGGAGACGACGGCUGAUUGGCUGAAGAGGUUCGAGGGCUCAGGCGUUCCUGUGGGACCAAUCAACAGCAUCCAGCAGGUGUUCAGUGACCCACAGGUCAAACACAACGGUCUUAUCCAGGAGAUGAACCAUCCGACAGCGGGACGCAUCGCUGUACCUGGUCCAGCCGUUCGGUUCAGCAGCUUCUCGCCUGCCGGGCCGACGCCCCCUCCUCUGAUUGGUCAGCACACGGUGCAGGUGCUCCGGGACACCUUGGCCUACAGUGAGGAGACCAUCCAGGCCCUGCUGGAGUCGGGGGUGGUGGUCCAGAACCGAGUGUCCUGAUUGGCUCAGAGGCAACGAGACGCCGACAAGAACAAGGACAAACAGGUUCAAUCCAGCUGAAUGUCCUCAGAGCUGCACUCCACUUUUAUUCUUCAUAGAAGAGCAUUUUUCACAGCUAAUUCUUCUCUUUAGGAAGUGAUUAUUGCUGAUUUUCUACUGUGAUAUGUAUAUAAAUUGUGUUUUUUACACAGUAUGCACUAUAAAUAUCACUCCUUCUGUGAUACAAACAAUACCUCAUCACAAUCAUACAAUCAACUCAACAGGAUAACUGAAAUCAAACACUCCGAUCAGUUUACAGCAACAGUCCAAUAAUGUAAAAGCAACAUUUAUAAUGCAACUUUAGUUGUGCUCCUUCAAACACUGGACUCAUAAACAGCUUUAAAGCCCAGUUCUCUCCAUUGUCACUCCACCACUUGUAAAAAUAUGUGUUUUUAUGACUGUGGUUGUAACUUUUUACGAGCAGCUGGUUGUGAAUAAAGUAUUUCCAUCA